AUGGAUGAGGACGACUCCCAACAAUUCUCUUUGCGCUGGCACAACCACCAGACAAGCGUGAUUGGUGCGUUAGGACGGAUGUUGAAUACGGGAGCCCUGAGUGACGUCACUCUUAGCGCAAGCGGAGCCUUGCUAAGAGCUCAUCGUAUAGUACUUGCAGCAUGUAGUCAGUACUUUGCUCAAUUAUUUAAAGAAGUUGAAACUGAGAACAACACGUUAGUGAUAGUGCUGGGGUGUGAGGCGGCGGAACUACGGUUGCUCCUCACAUUCAUGUACACGGGGGAGGUGACCGCGUCCAGACGCUGCCUGCCCGCGCUGCUGCGCCUGGCUCACACGCUGCAAGUGUCCGGACUCACUGAUGCGGAUAGUAACCAUAACCUACCUCAACCACAACCAGAAACAAGCACAGGAACUACAUCUCCAAUAAACUUGGACCCGGUACCAGAGUUUGUACCAACCUUGGAACCAGAGCAAAGAAUAAGUGACAAAAUGGAACCAAAAUAUACCGAAAUGGGUAGAAAUGAAAAGGAUAAAUUAAGCAAACUAGACCAAAUAGUCCAAAAUUUAUACAGUACACAUCGAGUUGGGAAUUUUAUGCCAAAUGUGACGACAUCUCCGUUACCUGCUUUGGGAGAACCACCAGAUUUCGAGCGCAAAUGGCGUACAAACUCUUCAACAUGCACGAUAUGUAACAAACGACUCUCAAACCAGUACAACUUGCGCGUACACAUGGAGACGCACGCCGGGAGGCGACACGCGUGCCGCGCCUGCGCACACGUGUCGCGCUCCCGGGACGCGCUGCGCAAACACGUCGCGUACAGACACGCUGGGAGUGUCCGGGACAGGGAUAGGGAUAGGCAAGAC